UUCAGUCAUGGUACUCGAUGUGCCGGUGAAGUAGCUGCUGCUCGAGAUAAUGGAAUAUGUGGAGUAGGAGUAGCAUAUGACUCAAAAAUAGCAGGUAUCCGAAUGCUGGACCAACCGUAUAUGACAGAUCUUAUAGAAGCCAAUUCGAUGGGACACGAACCCAAUCUCAUAGAUAUUUACAGUGCUUCCUGGGGACCAACUGACGAUGGAAAAACCGUAGAUGGACCAAGGAACUCCACUAUGAGAGCCAUUGUCAGAGGCGUCAACGAAGGCCGUAACGGGCUGGGAAAUAUCUACGUAUGGGCCAGUGGAGACGGUGGUGAGGAUGACGACUGCAACUGUGAUGGAUAUGCGGCUAGUAUGUGGACCAUAAGCAUAAAUAGCGCUAUCAAUGACGGUCAAAACGCCCACUACGAUGAGAGUUGUUCCUCCACCUUAGCCUCAACCUUCAGCAACGGUGCGAAGGAUCCCAAUACAGGAGUGGCAACGACUGAUUUAUACGGCAAAUGCACGACGACUCAUUCGGGAACAUCAGCUGCCGCUCCGGAGGCGGCAGGUGUGUUCGCUCUGGCCCUGGAGGCGAACAACAAACUCUCCUGGCGAGACAUACAACAUCUCACCGUGUUAACUUCGAAACGAAAUUCCCUUUUCGAUGCCAAAGGACGCUUCCAGUGGACGAUGAACGGCGUCGGUUUGGAGUUCAACCACCUGUUUGGAUUCGGUGUUUUGGACGCAGGUGCCAUGGUGGCCCUUGCCAAACAAUGGAAAACGGUGCCUCCUAGAUACCACUGCGAGGCUGGGUCGGUGAUGGAAAUACAAAAAAUUCCAUCCAACAAAUCCAUAUAUUUGAAAAUCACAACCGAUGCGUGCAAAGGGGAGAACACCGAAGUACGCUAUCUUGAACACGUACAACCUGUCAUAACACUGAACGCAAGCCGCAGGGGAGACAUAGAACUGUUUCUCACGUCACCGAUGGGAACACGAUCGAUGAUUCUCAGCAGAAGACAAAAUGACGACGACUCCCGGGACGGAUUCUCCAAGUGGCCUUUUAUGACGACACACACUUGGGGUGAAUAUCCACAGGGAACUUGGAUACUUGAGGCUAAAUUCAAUUCCGAAAUACCACAAACAGGAUAUGUCAAGGAAUGGACACUAAUGUUGCAUGGCACUAAAGAACCGCCGUACACCGAACUGCCAGUUCUAGAUCCACAUUCUAAACUAGCCAUUGUAAAAAAAGCACACGAAAGUAGGAGUAAGAUGUAAUUAUUUUUUAAUUUAAGACAAGCAGCCGACUCAGACGAACCCUUUCAAAAAUAUUGUGAGUCAAACAAAACAAAAUGGCAAACAUAAUUUGGUCGGCUUUCCAAAAAAUCUAUAUACGGGUGUUUCCACUUCAGUUCAUCAACAUACACAUAACUUCUGAAGCAAAUAGGGAGAGCCGACUGACUUUUUAGUUUGUAACGCUGCUUGAAUAAAUUUUAACCUAACUCUUUUUUUGUUCAGUUCGAAAAUUCCAUUAUAAAUUAGUUAACAUUCAUGAAGAUGAAAGAAAAAUUCACAAAAUAUAAGUACAAACGAUCAACCCAAGACAGACUCGAAUGAAUAAUGCACAACAAUUCUAUAUUAUGAUUUUACUUCUGACUUCAUACUUAUUAGGUACUUACUUAUGUUAAGUAUGCUUGAUAGGUAUAUACCUGUAUGAAGGGUACAGCGGAAAAACUACAAGGUUCGAUUCCAACAAAUUCUAAAGGCGAUAGUUCAGGAAUCGGAAGAGGUCCAUGAAAGGUGUCACGAAGUUGGUAUAUAGGUGGGGGAUUUUCAUAACUUUCGCCUCUCUUAUAUGCGCUCUAAAAACGUAAUGCAAUUGUGAAUAUAGUUUGGUGAAUCGGGAGAUAUCGUCAAACAACAAAUUGUUCUCGUGAAGAUGAUGGAAAUAAUCCGUCCACAAUUUAAAAAAUCGAUCCUGAACAUGGAAAGUGAGGAUCGAUUUGCUUUGCGUCUACUCUACAUAUUGACCAAUCACAUCCCCACCUUUGAUUAAAGUCGUAAUUUCGAGAUUUCAGUCGAAAUUUUGAGUUUGAAGUCGUAAUUUUCAAGAAACGAA